CUCUGACAACGGCCACGGGGGGAUGGAGUCACAUGCUCUCCUGUCACCUCCUCCUCUCUACUCAAAUCAACGGUCAUCAUCAACUCGUACGGAUACUCCUACGGCUCUGAUCCCUUCUUCCUCCUCCAUUAUCACUCUUUCUCUCUCUCUCCACUGCUCUUCAGGUCGGUCGGAUCCCCUAUAUAACUCCUCCCAUGCGUCGCUUUCUCCUUUCUUUUCCUUUUUCCCACCUUUUAUUCUGUUAGUGAGAGAGAAACAUAUACAUAUCCAUAUAUAGAGAGAGAGUGUCUCUGUGUGUGUUUUCUCGCUUCUUCAUUCAUGGCCGUCUUUCAGAACUGGCUUUCUGAAUUCGGCUAGGAUUUUUGGUGAUUUACUGUGAAAAGUGUUGGUGUGAGAAUGCAAUGCAUGUGAAAGUUAGGGUUUGUAAUUAAAAAAGUAUAUAUAGAUAUAAGUUAGGAUUUGAAUAUUUGAAUAUUAAUUAACAAGGAAUAUGAAGCUUGCAGCAUCUGGCUCUGUUCAGCAGCUUCAAGAAGGGGAAAAGAAGUGUUUGAAUUCGGAGCUAUGGCACGCGUGUGCAGGCCCGCUGGUUUCCCUACCAAUAGCAGGCGCUCGGGUGAUCUAUUUCCCUCAGGGUCAUAGUGAGCAGGUUGCUGCUACGACAAAUAAAGAAAUCGAAGCUCACAUGCCCAAUUAUCCUACCUUGCCUCCCCAAUUGAUCUGCCAGCUUCACAGUGUCACAAUGCAGGCAGAUGUUGAAACGGAUGAAGUGUAUGCCCAAAUGACAUUGCAGCCAUUGACCCCGCAAGAACAAAAGGAUACAUUUCUUCCUGUUGAGUUGGGUAUUCCUAGUAGACAACCAACAAAUUACUUCUGCAAGACGUUAACCGCUAGUGACACAAGUACGCAUGGCGGAUUCUCUGUUCCUCGGCGUGCUGCUGAAAAAGUUUUCCCUCCACUGGAUUUCUCGCAGCAGCCACCUGCACAAGAACUUAUUGCAAGGGAUCUUCAUGACGUUGAAUGGAAGUUCAGGCAUAUUUUCCGGGGGCAGCCCAAACGCCAUCUUCUUACAACAGGGUGGAGCGUGUUUGUUAGUGCAAAACGACUUGUUGCAGGAGAUUCUGUUCUUUUUAUCUGGAAUGAGAAAAAUCAGCUUUUGUUAGGAAUCCGCCGCGCGAAUCGACCGCAGACGGUGAUGCCAUCAUCUGUUUUAUCAAGUGAUAGUAUGCAUAUCGGCCUUCUUGCUGCCGCGUCUCAUGCAGCUGCUACUAAUAGCUGUUUCACAAUAUUUUAUAAUCCAAGGGCUAGUCCAUCUGAGUUUGUCAUACCCCUUUCAAAAUAUGUUAAAGCUGUGUAUAACACACGGGUUUCAGUUGGGAUGCGUUUCCGUAUGUUGUUUGAAACUGAAGAAUCAAGCGUGCGCAGAUACAUGGGAACAAUUACUGGCAUUGGUGAUUUAGAUCCCGCUCGUUGGCCUAAUUCUCAUUGGCGAUCUGUGAAGGUCGGUUGGGACGAGUCAACUGCUGGUGAGAGGCAGCCACGUGUAUCGUUAUGGGAAAUCGAACCGUUGACAACCUUUCCUAUGUAUCCAUCGUUGUUUCCUCUUCGUUUGAAACGACCUUGGUAUCCCGGACCUUCAUCUUUUCAAGACAACCGAGAUGAUGCAUGGAUGAGAGGUGAAACUGCCGAGCAAGCGCUCCAUUAUUCGAAUUUUCAAUCGAGCGGUAUGUUUCCAUGGAUGCAGCAGCAAAGGGUAGAUCCGUCAUUUCUCCAAAGUAAUCUUAAUCAUCAGUAUCAAGCAGCAUUGGCAGCCGGUAUGCAGAAUGUCGGAAGUGCAGACGCUUUGAAACAACACUUGUUGCAAUUUCAGCAGCCGGUUCAAUAUCUUCAGCAUCCGAGCACCCAAAUAACUCACCAGUCAACUCCACAGCCGUUUUUGCAUGGUCAAAGUCAACUGAUGGACAACUUUUCAAGGUCAAUCCAGGAACAAAUCAACAACCAAGAGGGUCAACGAUUGCAAAAUUCAUAUCCCGAGACUUACCUUAUGCAAAACCAGCAUCAAUCAUUUCCAAAGACGGAUUUCAUGGACUUGAGUCCUAAAUUCACCUCCAACAUCACACCGUCAUCUAUGCAGAAUAUGAUCGGUUCAGGAGGGAUCAGUAACGUUGCGGGUUCCUCAAGAACCGGUCAAACGGUGGUCACCGAGCAUCAGUCAAACCAGCAGCAACUGUGGGCAUCAAAGUUCGGUCAAACCCAAGUCAGUGCAUCUUCAACUUCACCAUCCGUGGAGCAGGAAUCAACCUUGGAUGCUCAAAAUCACGGUUUAUUUAGUAAUAUCAAUAUUGACUCAUCUGGGCUUCUACUUCCGACAAUCGAUCCUGAUUUGUCCACUAUACCUUCUUCACCAGCUUCCGGGUUUCAGAACUUUGGCUACAUGCAAGACUCUUCUGAGUUGAUGCAAUCUAACGCGAACCCUAACCGGACAUUUGUGAAGGUAUACAAAUCAGGGUGUGUUGGGAGGUCAUUAGACAUGAGCCGGUUCAACAGCUACCAUGAGCUGAGAGAAGAACUGGGUCAGAUGUUCGGGAUCGAGGGUCUGCUUGAAGACCCGCAAAGAUCAGGCUGGCAGCUUGUAUUCGUCGACAGGGAGAAUGACGUUCUUCUCCUUGGAGACGACCCUUGGGAGGCAUUUGUGAAUAGUGUCUGGUACAUCAAGAUACUUUCACCCCAAGAUGUGCAACAACUCGGGAAACACGAGGUUGAAUCCUUUGGCCAAAACCCGGGGGAGAAAAUGGGGUCGCUUGACUUUUGACCAAGAAAGUCAACUAUGAUCGAGUCCAGUUCAUGUCUUGUGGUCUCUUUUCGUGUAUGUCUCACGAACCCAGUUUGUUAUUCCAUUAGCUAUGUUGAUGAAUACUUGUGGGUAAUAAUCAAGUAGUAGAAUCCAUGAUUCAUGAUUCAGAACAUGCAUGAAAUGAAUAUUUGACUAUGAAAUUGUUGACUAUUGUUGAACUGUAAUUGAUCCGUUAUCGUGUGCUCAAUUAUCGUUUUCUUCUUAUU